AUGUUGCUCGCAUUUGUUUUAAUUAUACAAGCGGGGGGAGCCCCGAAAGAUUACUCCUUUGGAAAUGGCUUUCACCACAUUCCUCCGCCACCAACACCCGAAGCUAUCGAAGUUAUUGAAUUGCCAUUACCACCUGUCGCGCCAAGUCGCGAGCCUGGAUCCUGCUCCAUUGUUGUCAAUCCUCGCAGAACAGGCUGCAUCGCACGCGAUCUACACAGACAAAAGUUUCAGUCAGGGGACUUCACUCCGGAUGGGAAGCACGUAAUCGUGAACGCUGAAUUUGUCGGCGCUCCAGGCCCCCCAAAUUCGGCGAGCAUAUACACUGGAGAACAGCUGAUCCUUAUCAAAGCGGACGGUACGAACUUUGCGAACGGCGAUCCCUGGAAGUGUCUCAGUUGCGACUUGUCAAUAGACGAUGCUCGAGAGUUACAUCCCGAGAGAGAUUAUCCUCACAUUUUUCGUGAUGGGACCAGAGCAAUUUGGGGACGGAAUGUGGUCGAUUGCCAUGGCGAGCAAUUGAGUAGCGACCUCUGCUCCUCUGACCGUGUCCGCAUCUACCCCAUUCACUGGCCAGACACCAGUAGUGUUCCUAGAGAGCUACGCGUUCAUCCAGACGAUACGCAUAUUGGCUGGAGUUCGUUCACCGCAGGUGGUCAAUACGCAUACUUUGGGUGUCUUUUCUUCAACGCUGCCCCGACCGACUCAGGACCCUGGACGCCUCGAUACGACCUGGUCAACGUCAAUUUGCUUGUAGACCCAAAUCGAGCCGCCCCACUCACAGCUAAUGGCACCCAUAUUACCAUACACCAUGAUGCCAUCACCGUCGGCGAGUUGCGCGGCUUCAGUGGGUCAGGUGACGAGAUAACGUACAUUGGAUACCCUUCUGAGUCUACCAACAUAGAUAUCUUCGCUGUCCAUAUCGAGACGGGGGUCGUUCGGCGCUUGACGAGUCAUCCAGAGUACGCAGAUCCUAUCGCCUUUUCGGCAGAUGAUGAGUGGUUUGUCACAAUGGACACUCGAGGAAGUGAUCGGCAGAUGUGGAUGGCUGGCCUGCGAGGGAUACCGCCACUAGUCGAUACUGUUGCUGUGAUGGCUGCGGCGAGCACGAGAAACAAUGGCGUGAGGCGUUUUUUCCAACCGAUUCUCAGCGAUCGGUACGGCGACCGUGGAGCAUACUUCGGACAGCAAGUGAAUGCGGAAGGAGACGGAAGUGCUGGGGCGAUCAACGAUGCAAACUGGAACGGACGUGCUGAUCCGGCAUUUUCGCUUGACGGCACAAAAAUCGUGUUCUGGCAGGCUAUCGUAACGUCGCCAGCAUGCGGAGGUCUGAAUCCGCUUGCAUGUCCCAAAUCGACGGCACAAGGCGCGAGGGAGUAUCGCGUCAUGCUCGCGAAGCUGAAGACCAGGGAGCCCACAGUACCGAAGGAAGUGUAUGAGGUACCAGAUCAACUGCCUUGGGCAGUAGCGUUCAACCCUGGCUCUUUACCUUCAUCUUCGCUUAUCUUGCCAGCGGGAAACUAUACGCUUGUUGGUAGAACCUCCGGGCACGCCCAAGUCCAUUUCUCCAAAGUUUCCAGCACCACUCGUGUUGCAGUCAACUACACUGAUUAUUCAGAUGACGGAGAAUAUCAAUUGAACGGUUACGAGGACGUUGCCGUUUCAGUCGACCCCACAAGGGUCUGGGAGAACAACCUGAUCUGGUAUUCUGACAUCGUGCAGACAAAAUCAGGUGAGAUUACCGGAAAGAAAAUAACGAGUUCAGAUGGAUUUCAUCUUACGAUCGAUGCAAUGACAAAUGUCUUCAAUGCGAAUGGUACAUUGACAACAAUCGUUGAUGGAAACAGAUAUGAGCAGCCGGCAAACGGCACAUGA